CUCGACAUGCCCGAUGGAGGCCAGGACCCCAGCCGCCGGCGUUGCGGUUGCUGCUGCUGCUGCUGCUGUUGUUGUUGUGUGUGGUGCCGCGAGUAGUCGCCACCUGAUGAUGCCGCCACCGCUUUGCCUGCUCGCAUGCUCCCAUUGCCGUUGGAGCCAUCUCGCGAGUGCAGGCUCUGCUGUCUGUGGUGCUGUGGCUGGUUAUCCUGCUGGAGCAGGUCUCCAGACCUCGAGGCUGCCCGUCCCUUGCCUUUGUCCUCUCUUGUCCUCCCAUUACUGCCAUAGGGAUGGACAUCGCCUCCAGCAUCCGGACUCUGUGUUUCUGCCGCCGCUGUCGAAGGCCUGGAUGACCCCUGGGACAACAGGUCAGGGUUCGUCCUGCGCCGUGAAGGCUCGGCCUGACCGUACUGUGCCUGCUGCGCCUGCUGCUGUUCCUGCCGCCUCCGCCGCCUCUCGUCCCGGAGUCCGGGAUCGUCACUCUCGCGUUGACGUCGCCGCCGGCUACCACUGCCUCCUCCACCGCCUGCAAACAUCGCAGCAUCGCCGUCGCUGACCCUCCUGCGCCCCGAGGGUGCCUGGUUGGGAUCCUGGUCGCCCAGCGGCUGCACGGCAUCGCUGCGCCGCCGGAAAAGCCCCGUGAUGAAGCUCUUGGCCUUGCUCUGCGUCCGUUGCAGACUGCCGCCAGCGCCGUUGUUGUUGUUGUUGUUGUUGUUGCUGCCGGCGUCG